AUGGAGGCAGAGCUGCUGAGUGGGUUUCCUCUGUUUUCGCAACAACUUCAUGCUUUGUUGAUGAAGAACUUGGUUCUCGCAUGGAGGAAUAAAAAGGCAACAUUUUUAAGACUUUUUUCCCCGAUUUUCUUAUUUUCUUUCUCGUUACUGCUCGGAGGAAUUGGUAGCCAAAGAGAGAAUGUUUCUGCUGCAGUCCGUGAUCCAAAUGCCAUUUUUUUCUCUUCAAUUCCAGCCUGCGAGGAUAAGCUAUUGAUCAAUUUUCCAUGUUAUGACUUUGUAUGGAGUGGAAGUGGAAACCAGAGAUUCGUGUCCAUUGUCAACGCUAUUAUGAUCAAUAACCCCAAUCGCACAAUUCACCAGAACAAGGCAUGGUUUUUCCUUACUGUUAUCAGUUUUCAAUAUGGGACUGUUAAAUCUUUUAGGACAAAAAAAGAACUGAAUGAUUGGCUUUUGCAAAACCCAAUGCGGACACUAGGAGCUUUACAUUUUACUGAAGAAAAUAAUGAGAUACGAUAUGGCGUACAAAUAAAUUCCUCAUCUUCUGACUUUAAGAUUGGAAGACAAUUUGAGGACCCCGUUUUGCAGUUUCAGGCUCCCCUUCAAUUUGCCGCUUCACGUGAAAUUUCUAGGUCCUUAAUUGGAGACCAGAAUUUCAGGUUUAACAUAGGUCUCAAGGAAUUCCCACACCCACCUUCAGAAAUCCUUUCCACAGCAGCAGGGGAUAUGAUUGAUGAAAUUUUGUUAAUUGGAAUUGCAAUUAUGUUCUACUUUUCCUUUGCUAUGUUUGGAUUCAUGUCUCAAGUUCAUUCUUUGGUUCGGGAGAAAGAGCUGAAACUUCGACAGACAAUGACUAUUAUGGGACUUUAUGACUCAGCCUACUGGAGUUCAUGGUUCAUAUGGGAGGGACUUAUGUCGUUCCUUACAUCAGCAGUCAUUGUUGCUUUUGGGGCACUGUUCCGUGUUGACCUUUUCGUGCAAAACAGCAUUGUCGUUGUGUUUAUCCUAUUUUUCCUUCUCCUGAUCAGCAUGGUUGGUUUUGCUUUCAUGAUUUCAACUCUCAUUACCAAAGAAUCUUCGUGUACACCGUUCUUUUCUGGAGUUGUCUAUUCUAGUCAGACGACAAGGGUAAACUAUGCAUUAUGGUCAUUGUUUCCACCAAAUGCUUUUGCUGGUGCAUUAUUUUCUCUGGCUAGUAAUCCAAGUGAUGCUGGCGUUGGUUUGAAAGAUAUAACAAAGUGUCCAGACAAACAUUGCUUAUCCAUAAACUUCUUCUGGACUUGGCUGGGAAGAGCAUUCUUUCUGUAUUCAAUUUUGGCUAUUUAUCUCGACAACAUAAUCCCCAACUCUGCUGGGGAGAGGAAACAUCUUCUAUACUUUUUGAGGCCAAGUUACUGGACAGGGAGAGAGGAAAUCAUACCAGUUGGUGGCGACUCUACUGCACAGUCACCUCAUUUCAGUCUAGAUGAUGAGGAUGUCCGGGAAGAGGAAGAAUCUGUGAAACAAGAUGCAUCACAAGGCAAAAUUGACCCUGAAGUUGCAGUCCAAUUGCGGGGCUUUGCUAAAUCAUACACCAAAACAACAAGCAUACGCUGUCAUCGGUUCUGCUUCUGUAUCUUUUGUUGUACAUGCAAGAAAAGAAAGCCCUUUGAUGCUGUCAAGACAUUUUGGAUGAACUUUCCAAAGGAUCAAUUAUUUUGUCUCCUCGGACCAAAUGGAGCCGGAAAGUCUACCAUUAUUAGUUGUUUAACUGGAAUCAUUCCAAUGACUCACGGAGAUGCACUCAUCUACGGAAACUCUAUUAGAAGCUCCGCUGGAAUGACAAAAAUCCGAAGAAUGAUAGGAGUCAGUGCACAGUUUGACACUCUUUGGGAUUCAUUAUCGGGCAAAGACCAUCUUCAACUCUUUGCAAAUGUAAAAGGCUUACCCCCGGUAUCUCACAGACAGGAAAUACAACGGUUGUUGGCUGGCGUAGAUAUAGAAAAGGUAGCUAAUGUGAGAGCAAAAAGCUACAGUGGUGGAACAAGACGGCGACUGAGCCUGGCUAUUGCUCUCAUUGGAGAUCCUAAACUUGUCAUCCUAGAUGAACCAACAACUGGAAUGGAUCCAAUUUCUCGAAGACGGGUAUGGGAUGUCAUUGAAAAUGCAAAGCAUGGACGCUCGAUUAUCCUUACUACACAUUCCAUGGUCGAAGCUGACAUCUUAUCAGAUCGCAUCGGAAUCAUGGCAAAAGGUAGGCUUCGCUGUAUCGGCACAUCCACUAUGCUCAAGUCGAAGUUCGGUGCAGGUUACGCUGCCAAGGUGUCAUUUGCCAAAGAUUUUUCUAAUGCUUCUGCCAGAGAAAAUGAUGUUAACGCAGAGCGCCGUGAAGCUGUGAAGUCCUUUUUUAAAAAUCGACUCAAUGUUGAACCAAAAGGGGAGAACAAAUACGUCUUGAGCUUCACCCUUCCAAAUGCCGGGGAAGACAUUUUAGCAGACUUCUUUUCAGAGCUAGAAAGUAGAGAAAGCCAAUUCGGCAUUAAAAGCAUCCAAUUAGGUUUAGGAACACUUGAAGAAGUUUUCUUAAAUAUAGUAAAGAAAGCUGAGCAAGAGGAAAAAGGUGCUGCGAAAAAACAUGAAAGCCUGACCUUGCCAUCAGGAGCUACAGUUCUGGUACCUGUUGGAGCCAAGUCCGUUAAGAUCCCAGGAACCGAAUCGAUGGAGAAUCCCGGCGGCCUAAUGGUUGAAGUGUUCUGGGACCAGGACGACAUGGGAAAUCUCUGCAUUUCUAGCUAUUCAGCUAAAAAGCCUGUGGCGCCAAAUAGUCUAUAAAUAACUCUGAUUGUGGCUUACAGUCUAAUACCGAUGAUGAUACAGUAGGUAGGAUUUCGAACAAAACUCUGUUUUAAGUUAAUUAUUUUUGUCGGAGCUAUAAUUUGUCAACGAUAGGGAGUCUGCCAUGCAGGACAUAAUCUCUUGAUUAAAUGAAAAUAUAUAUGUUGACGUGAGUGUGAUUAUUAUCGUAAAAGUCUGACUCACAUGGUGAUGUAAAGACUGCUUGUUGGCCUUGUCAUCCCUUUUACCCUAUUAAAGCAGAAAACAGGAUGUUGAUGUGGUAAUUUUUUAUUAAAAUAUUUUGGCUCCAAAUACACCAUAUU